UGCACACACAGCAAGAAAGCAAACACGCUUCAGUCGAUGGGAAGCGCAUAACUUUUUUGGCCAACUCUUUUAGCUCCUACACCAGGAUGUGGGUCCAGGCCCAUGGAGCCUUGGAGGACCUCCUGGUGGAUGAGUUCCCUCCCACUGCCCCUCGGCCGCUGAAGGACCGGCUGCAGGUCUUCCAGGGCCUGGCCACCUUCUACCUGAAGUACCUGCAGAUCUUCCGCGGCCUGGAGGCAGUCUACGACCAGAUAGUUCACCCCCAGAAGAGGCGCAUGGUCAGGCACGUGUUGGACGGCGUGAUGGGUAGACUCCUGGAGCUCAAGAACGAGAUGGUGGAGCUGGAGUUCUCAGAGUUCCACUACUUUGAUGAUGUGCUGCAGGACCUCAAGCUGACACCUGAGGACCUGGAGGUGCCCAUCCCUCAGUAUUUUGUGAGAGAGAAGAUGCGUGUGCUGCGGGACAGAGAGAAGAUGCUGGCGCAUGUCAUGGCUAAAGGGGGACACAUUGAACAGGUUGAGCAGGAGGUGUCGGUUCAGACCAUGUGUCUGGAGGAAGCUGUUCGGGUCCUUCAGGUUUGUGAGCGGGCACGGCAGGGACGGCUCAGGCACCGCUUCAUGAAGGAGAUACGGCAGGCUGAGGAAGAGGGGAGCCAGGCCCAGAGCCAAACUCCCAGCAGCACCAUGGACCCCGACCAGGCUGCCACACGCAUUCAGAAGGUUUGGCGGGGCUACAGUCAGAGGAAGAGGACCAGGAGAGAACGGCUGGAGGAGAUGAUAUUCCUGGGAAUGGUCCCUCCAGAGCAGCAGCAGCAGAGGCCCAGCGUGGCCCAGCUGAAGGCACAGCAGGUGGAGGCGACUCGCAGGAUGGUCCAGGAGGAGAAUGAGGCUGAGUACCAGAGGGCCCUGGUCAGCAUCAAGGAGUCUGUGUGUGCCGUGGACGGCCCUGACCUACGGGAAACCCUGCAGGAGCAGAUCAGACAGUGGUUUAUUGAGUGCCGAGACGCCACUGGAAAGUUUCCUGACUUCCCCAAUGCCGAGAAUGGGGGAUCAACAGCCAUAUUUGCACAGAAGACACCUGACCAGGUCGCUGCAGAAUUAGCAGCGAAAGAGGAAGAGAAGAAGAGGAAAGGCAAAUUAAAUAAAGACCAGAAGGGUGGGAAGGACCGCAAGGAUCAGAAGAAAGACAAGAAGGGGAAGAACAAACGGAAGAAAGGAGGAAAAGAAGAAGGAAAGGAGGAGGAGAAGGGCUGGAAAAUGCCCCCGAGCAACUUCCUCCCUACUGUUCUGGAGGGAAACAAAAUGUACAAAGAUGUGUGGCAGGGGCGUGAUGAGACACAGAACUUCCUGCAGCGGUUUGAUGCCCAGCUGGUGCGUGAGGAGAAGAGGUUGGAGGUGGAGGAGGAGGUCAGAGUUCAGGUCGAUGAGCUGAUGAGACAGGAACUGAAGAAUCUCAAGCUGGCUGUGGACCGAGAGAAAGGGAAGAAGAAGAAGAAUACGAAGAAGAAGGGAAAGAAAGGUGGCAAGAAGGGCAGUAAGAAGAAGAAGAAGAAAGAGAAGGAUCUGACUGCCGACAGAACCCUAGAGUCUCUGUAUGAAGAGCUGGUGCUGGAAGGCAUUUUGAUUAGACCCAUGAACAUCAAGCUCUCUGAGUACAUUGGUGAGUUCAGCUACCUGGGUACGACCCUGCGCCAGGCAGACAUUGAGCCCAUGCCCUCUCUGUCAGACGUCAGACAGCUCAUUGCCCUUUAUGGGAUCCUGCCUCUGGGUUCCCAGUCUGUCCAUCAGAAGGCUCCCCUGAUGAAGACUCUGCUGCUGGCUGGUCCUGGGGGCGUAGGGAAGAGGAUGCUGGUCCAUGCUCUGUGCACUGAGACCGGGGCCAACCUCUUCAACCUGUCCCCCAGAAACCUGGCUGGGAAGUACCCUGGCAGGAGCUGCCUCCAGUACCUACUGCACAUGGUCUUCAAGGUGGCUCGCCAGCUGCAGCCCUCUGUAAUAUGGAUCGGAGAUGCAGAGAAAACCUUUUAUAAGAAAGUCCCAAAGCCGGAGAAAGAGAUGGAGCCUAAGCGUCUGAAGAAGGACCUAGUAAAGGUGUUGAAGUCCAUAAAGCCUGAGGAUCGUGUUCUGGUCGUAGGGACGUCCCGGAGGCCCUUUGACGCAGACCUCAAGCCCUUCUGUAAAGUCUAUAGGAAGAUCAUCCUCAUCCCCAGACCUGACUACGCCUCCAGACUGGUGCUGUGGAGGGAGCUGCUGCGUGGCGGUGGUGCUCACCUCCCCCCCAGCCUGGACCUGAGCUCCCUGGCCAAGGUGACAGAUGGCUACACCCAGGGCCACAUCCUGCAGGCUGUGAGGCUGGUUCUGACCCCUCGCAGGCUGGCCCAGCAGACUACCAGAUCACUGACCGCUGCAGAGUUCAUACCUCCACUGGCCAGACAGGACCCUGUCUACAAGGAGGAGGAGGAGGCAUUUAAGAUGUGGUACAGCAAGACACCGUUGGGUAAGAAGAGGGCACGGGCGGCCAAGGCCAUCGAGGAGGAGGGAGAGUUGGGCAAGGACAAAGACAAGCGGGGCAGUGGGAAGAAGAGAGGGAAAGAAGGGAAAAGCAAGAAGAAGAAAAAUAAGUAAACGCCAAAGACAAAAGAUAGACGUGGUCAACAUUGGGGAGGUAUACAGAUAGGGACUUUCAGGGGAAGUGAAUUACAUUACUAGUUCUUAGAUAUGAUGGGCGUUACAUUUAGUGCCAGUCUAUGAAUGUAAAUAUCAUGUCAACAGUAUAACGGUAACAGUCGAUCAUGGGUGAUCUGAAAAGUCAUAGUCAAUCGAUCAAUAAUAUAAUAAUACUUUUAGCAAAAAUGUUU